AAUUAUGUCAAUUAGCUUCAGACAGCCUAAUUGGAGUCAAUUGGAUGUGUACCUCUGCUUGACAUCAUGGGAAAAUCAAAAGAAAUCAGUCAAGACAUAAAACGCCUUAAGGUACCACGUUCAUUUGUACAAACAAUAGUAUGCAAGUAGAAACAUCAUGGGACCACACGGCCAUCAUACCGCUCAGGAAGGAGAUGCAUUCUGUCUCCUAGAGAUGAACGUGGUUUAAUGCGAAACGUGCAAAUCAAUCCCAGAAAAACAGCAAAGGAAACAGGUAGACAAGUACAGUAAUAUGAGGACUAUAUCCUCAUAACCUGAAAGGCUGCUCACCAAGAAAGAAGCCACUGCUCCAAAACCACCAUUAAAAAAGCCAGACUACAUUUGUAAGUGCACAUUAGAACAAAGAUCUUACUUUUUGGAGAAAUUUCCUCUUGUCUGAUGAAACAAAAAUGUGUUUAUGUUUUUGCCAUAAUGACCAUCAUUAUGUUUGAAGGAAAAAGUGUGAGGCUUGUAAGCCGAAGAACAUCAUCCCAACCGUGAAGCAUGGGGGUUCCAACAUCAUGUUGUGGGGGUGCUUUGCUGCAGGAAAGAAUGGUGCACUUCACAGAAUAGAUGAAAUUAUGAGGAAGGAAAAUUCUGUGGAUAUGUUGAAGCAACAUUUCAAGACAUCAGCCAUGAAGUUAAAGCUCUGUCACAAACAGGAUUUCCAAAUGGACCAUGACCCUAAGCAUACCUCCAAACUGGCUGAAGGACAACAAAUUCAAGAUGGCAUCAGGAGAGUCCAAUGAGGACACAGAAGUGUACAACAUCACGCUCAGCACUGGGGAUGAGUUGACACUAAUGGGCCAGGCCGAGAUCCUCUAUGCCAAAACGUCACGAGAAAAAUCACGCUUCAACACUAUCUUCAAGCGAAUCAGUAAACUAAAUUCCAUCAGUAAGCUUGGCCGCGGAAAGAUGCCAUGCCUUAUCUGCAUGAACCACCGCACUAACGAGAGUAUCAGCUUGCCUUUCCAGUGCCGAGGUCGCUUCAGUACCUGCUCUCCACUGGAGCUGCAAAUGCAGGAAGGGGAACACACCAUUCGCACAAUUGUGGAGAAGACCAGGUUACCUGUGAAUGUCACGGUGCCUAGCAGCCCACCACGUAAUUUGCAUGACAUCCAUAUAAUCCGUGAAGGCCACCGAUACAAGCUGGUCAACAUCCAGACCAAGACAGUGGUUGUGUGUUGUGCGUUGCGUUCAAACAAAAUACUGCCAGUGCACUUCCCUUUGCACGUGUCCACAGCACUGCCCCGUUUACUGGUGCCUGAAGGGCUGCUUCAGGGAGAAGUAUGGCUAGAGACAGUGGUCCACCGCUGGUUUGCUUAUUGCCAGGAGCAGUUUGAUAUUGAUGACUACUCUAGGGCGGUCCGUGAUGUUCGGGUGGACUGGACUGAGAAUGGUAAGAGCCCGAAAAAAAGUAGCGUUGUUGGAACUGGAAGUGGGAACGUGGUCUGCAACAGCAGUGGAUGUGGGAGCAAUGGCUGCCCCUCAAAUGUGCAUUUGCCAAGUUCUCUAAGCUCAGCACGAGAUGAACUUACACAGUCGUUCCACCGACUGUCUGUCUGUGUCUACGGCAACAAUCUCCAUGGCAACAGCGAGGUGAACCUUCAGGGUUGUGUAACCUUAUGUGGAGAUUGUGUGCCGUCAGAACCACCUGAUGCAGAUUAUCUGUUCCCUGAGCUGCUAGAGAGUUCUUCAGGCUCACUGAAACCAGACGUGCCAUAUGAAGAGCUUUGGUUGGAUCAUGUGAAAAACCCUGGACUUGUGCUAGAUCACAUCAAGGGUGUCCGAGGAAACCCUACUGUCUCCGGCUGCACGACUGUACUGCCAUUCCCAACAGCAGGUCCCACAAGCACCCUCCUCAGUGCAGAUGUCAAUCUACCUCCACCUCCGGUGCCUCCCAAGUCUGAAGCUGUGAAGGAGGAGUGCCGGCUGCUGAAUGCACCGCCAAUUCCACCCCGGAGCUCCAAACAACAGGCAGGCUCUAGCAGUGUCACAGCACCAUACCCUCCUGCAAAGACACGCCAGACAGAUGCCCGCUCCCCAAGCCCAACACUAUCCUAUUACUCCUCUGGCCUGCACAACAUAGUUGGAGAGGGCGAGUCUCUUAGUGAGACAGAUGAUCAGAACCAUGCUUGUUACCCUUGUAACUGGAUCAAACCAGAUGCCAGUGAAGGCUCCAAGCCUGUCUCUUGCCUUAGUCCUUCCAUCGAUGCCUCUUUUUCGCGCCUUUCAUGGCCAAAUGAUUUCUGCGGGGCUGACUCGUAUAAAGUUGAGGACUUUGCGUCAGUCCACUGUCGGAGUUACUCAAGCUAUCCUCGGAAGAGGACCCCUGGUACUCCUAAGGUUUGUCCCUCAGGCCUCUUUGACUUCGAGAGGCAGGUGAAUUUUGAAGGGAGCACUGCAAACUCAAAGGUACAACAGGUUUCUCAGCCUGCCCCGUUUUGCACCAAAUCCACCAGCUACACCAUGGAAAUGUACAGAGCCAAACCCACAGCGAAAUUCAACACUAAGCAAAGCCAGUCCUGUCCUAUCUUGCCUCCAAGAACCCCCAAAUUGAACGAUACAAAGAAAGAUACAGAACCCACUACAACCGUGGCCAGUGUUGAUGUCAUAGAACUUAAGUCCAAAAGCUGCUUGUCUGAAAGUACACAUCACAGCACUACAGAUCUGUUCUCAAUCUCCUGUCCUGUAGCCGCAGGGUUAUCAUGGCAACCACCGAACAACCUAUCAGGUCUCUCCAUUGAGGAAGUUUCAAAGUCAUUACGGUUCAUUGGUCUGUCAGAUGAUGUUCUUUCUUUGUUUGUGCAUGAAAAAAUUGAUGGAAAUUUGCUCAUGCAGCUAACAGAGGAGAUUUUGUCAGAAGACUUUAAGCUAAGCAAACUUCAAGUGAAGAAACUCAUGCAGUUUAUUAAUGGCUGGAGGCCCAAAAUGUAAGGUUGAACAAGCAAGCCAGUUGAGAGCAAAACACAUGCAAUGCGUUGCAGUGGCAGCCAUAAAUAUUGCCCUUCAGUAUUGCAUUAGGCAGUUUUGUAUCUUAAUGCUAUGCACAUUCUUGUAAUGAUUUUUAUAGCCAUUUUGUUUAAUAUAUAUACAUGUAUAUAAAUAUUGAUUGCUUUGUGUAUUAAUCUGUACCCAACUCUAUGUAAUCUCUAUGUGACCUUACGGUACCUGCACAAUGGACUUUUUUUGCUUGAACCCAAAGUCUUUUAAAAUCGCAAUAUAUUUUGACCCAAUCUAACUGUGGCCUAAGUUUCCUUGGUUGUUAAUCAAUAAAGAGA